AUGGCACCGGCGGCAAGGGUGCAGCUUCCAGACGAGCUCGUCGAUCACAUCCUCAACCUAGCAUGUACCCUGCCACCGCUUCGAACCGACGACUUCCGUGAGCCCUCCGAUUUCGACGCACACCGACUCAAGGCUCGCUCUUCAGCUCCGCAUCUCGACGUCCGCACAACACUCAAGCUCCUUCUGCUCUCACCGCAGCAUUAUCCCUACAUCGCCUCAAUCCUCUACAAAGGCCCGCGUCUCUCGGAUCCCAUCAGUCUUUCGCUCUUCGCCCGAACCCUCACCAAUCGUCCAGCUCUCGGUCGCCUGGUCAAACACCUUUGGGUCGGCCACACAUAUCAGGGCGAAGGCGUGCCCCCAAACGCGCUCGCCUUUGGCCUUGGCGGUUGUCAGACAGCAUACAACCUCAAUUCCGAUCUCGCUACCAUCGAUGAUGUUCGAGACUGCCUCGCACAGGGCAUCGCUCCGCCCAAUCUCCUCUCUCCAGCCUUUGAGACGAGGAUAGCGCAGUGGGCUGCCCAGAAUGUGCAGGCCAACGCUCGUAGCAUCGACUCAGUGCGUGCGCCCAGAGGCAUCCACAUCGAUUCUCCUGGCUCCGGCGAUCGUGACCAUCGUGGUUGGAAUUCGAUCGGCAUCGACGAGUGGGUCCUCCGUCUCUGGGACGGCCGCGAUCUUGUCAAGCAUUUCAGAGAAGUCGCCAAACGCGCCUUCUUCCUCGAACUCAAGCGCCUCUCGCUUGCAGCCACUUCCAGCAGGUCUUCUUCGGCUUCGUCCUCCACACCUUCUUCUUCUACCGCCUCUCCACGCUCUGCAUCACCAGCCUCUGCAUCGAGAUCAUCCUCCGGCCCUUCCGCAUCCAGUCUCCUCGAUACUGACAUGAUCACGCCCUUCUCAGCUCGCGGGUCUGAGCAAAGGAUACCGGGCACCGACAAUGACCCUUUGGACUGGGCAGAUGCGACACACGCCCCUCAGCCCAACGCCUCUCGCCUCACCGAUAAUGACGAGCCCAUCUACUCGGAGGAACUCGACCUGGACGAGAUCGAUGCCGAGCGCGACCGCUGCUUCGUCGAGAUGGGUGUUUCAAAGCCUGCUUGGCGGUCGACAAACUGGUCCGAAAUUGCCAAGGUUGGCGAUCAGAAGGUCGAGUGGUGGGUUGUGUGGAUCCUCGCCAAGACCAGAGCUCGAGCCCGCAUUGUAGCUCGUCGAGUCUGGCGCGCCGACUCGGCUAAUGAUCCCAAGCUACGCAGCUGGCGCGCCCUUCGUCCACGCCCCGAACUCCAUACCAAGAACCACUUCACUCACCCCACGCUCUUUGCUCGAUCUGGCGCCAGCCACUUGCUUGUAGGAGGUGCGCCUCCUCCGACGAGGGAAGAGGUCUACGGAGGGCGUCAUGGCGAUCUCGAUGGACUCUCGGAUUCGGACAGCGACACCGCCUCCGAAGCCGACUCCUAUACCGACGGCAGCGACUACGACUCCGAGAUGGAAGCUUCCACCGCACGCAUGGACAUCUCCGUGAUUCGCGAGCCAGCGUCUUCGCAUUCGGAGCAUCAUGCAGGCAGUCGUGCAGCUGCAGGAUCGUCGGGAUUCAGCCUGCCCGAGUUCGCUGAGCCCGAGCAGCAGAAACCUGAGGACCCUGCCGAUCUGUGGGGUGGCGAUCACAAUUUUGCAAACGGCAAUGAGAGGGCCGGCGCAGGCAACAGCAUCUUGGGCUCGCGAGGCGGCAUGUUUGGUUUCGAUUCGGCGCUUCGUGCUGGGCUUCUCGAUGAGCCCGACACUGGACUCGACGAUGGCACCGAGUUUGCCAGUUUGCAAAAGGAGAAGCAGCGUAGACGAAACGAGGAGGACCGUCUGCUCUCGGAAAUGACGCUCGGUUCCAUUCUGCAGAGCUUGCGUACCGUCAUGAUGCUCACACCGCGACUCAAGGACUUGGCGCUCGACGGUGUACUGGAGCGCAGCAUCUGUGGACGUCGAGCCAUGUGCAGUAUGGGUAAGCUCAGAAGUCUUUCGCUCGGACCUCCUCCUCCCUACUGGAGUUCGCCGCUACUUUUCGGUCAUCCGAUGAAGACGACGCGUCGCGAGAGGCUCAGCUACCAUCAAAGGAUGCAUGGUCCUUCGAGCCCAGAUUUCGUCGCCGACGAUGCUCGCUCUCAUAGCGUGUGGCCAUUGCCGGGCGUUUUGAUUCCUUCGCCAGCAUUCGCGACGUUGCGCACUCUCCACAUCUCCGGCUGCAUGCUUUUCCCGUCCGAGGCAAGAGCGGUGGGCGGUCUGGGGGGUCAGCUGCCCAACUUGCGUCAUUUCAGAUGGUCGCUGUGGCAGCCGCACGUGGAAGGACAUCCUGUGGGCGUAGUCGAGACGCUCUGUGCCAUUCUCGACAUUCCGACACCGGAGGAGGAAGCUGCGGCAGCUGCAGCUACUGCCAGAGCACAGGCCAUCGUGGGACCCAGCUCUGGCUCUGCUUCUGGAUCUGGUUCUGGGUUCCGAUUCGGAACUUCCACCUCUAGCUCCGGCACGUACCGCGAGAUUGGGGACCGGAAGAGGCGUCGACGACACGACUCGCGCCGCUCCAACCCCUUCAGCGUCAGUGGAUUCGGCAUGACCGACUCGGGCCUCUCUUCCUCGAUGGGUAGCAGCAGCAUGACCCCUGCAGGUGGGUCGCACGAGGCAAGCAUGCAUGCGCUCGUGACGCGCAAACGCAAGCUGCGCUCAGUGUAUGCGACGAUGCAUCCGACCGAUCAGGCCAUCUUUGCGCGCAAGGCGCCUGCCGCGCUCCGAUUCGACACGCGUCUCACCAUCGAGACUGCCAAAUGCAAGAACGUUGAGGACAACCUCGAGGAGAUGCAGCGCUGGUGGGAGUGGGAGAGCGGCAUGUUGCACUUCAAACCCACCGUCUCGAAUCUGGACGCCAUCACACAGGCGGCCAAGCGCAAGCAGAUGGCAGGCCCACCGAGCUCGUUGUCGGCUCAGGAGCUCAAUGCGGAUCACAGUGGGAUACAGAUGGAUCUGCGACGUGCGAUGGAUACCGAGCUCGAGCUCGAGCCGCGAUCUUGA